AUGGUGUCACCUCCGGCCUCGUCUGGCCGGGUGCCCGCAGCAGGCGCCUCUUCUCCCUCGCCGGGCCCGGCAGCUCUGCAGCAGCCGUGGCUCGAGGGCCAGCUGCUCGUGCUGCCCAGCCCGCUGCCGCUGCACGUGCACUGCCCGGUGGCGGGGUGCCCUCGGUCAUACGCCAACCAGGUGCAGACCGCCGUCCGGCACAGCCUCCUACGGCACCUGCGGACCGACUUCCACCCUGGAACGUCGGAGUGCCUCUGGUGCCGGAAGUGGUACACGACCCGCCGAGGCCUCCUCAACCACCGCGCCCGCUGCCCGCGCCGGCCGCCGCCCGCCCCGCCGCAGCCCACCGACUGGGCCGCUGCGCUGGCGCGGCUCCGUGCCGAGACGGCCCCCGCCGCCGGCGCCCCUGCAAGACCGGCGACACCGACAAGCCCGGAGCUGGACCUGUCUCUGAGCCCUCCGCCGCCGCCACCUGGCCAGGGCCGUCCAUCGCCGCCGCCGGAGCCGACGCCGCCGCCGCCGCCGGAGCCGACACCGACGCCAUCACCGGGGCCGACACCGACGCCGGCGCCCGAGGAGGAUCGGCUCUCGCCGCCGCCGUCGCCUGGGCCGCUGCCCGAGCGGUGGUGGUCGCCGACCCAGCCGUCACCGGAAGAGCCGACGUCGCCGCCGCUGGUGUUCCCGGCGCCCUCAUCAGGCUCGUCGGACACUUCAUCGCCGCCGUCGCUACUGGUGAGGCUUGCCUCCGAGCGACGGCCCGCCGCCGACGGUGGUGAGCCGCCGCCGACUGGGACUCUGCAGCGUAGUGCCGAGCGCGCUGGACAGUGCUGCGAAAAAGUGACAGUGUUGAACGCGAGUGACUCGUCUGUGCCAGUACCGCCCGUGACAGUGCCGCCCGCGUUAGUGCCGCCCGCGUCAGUGCCGCCCGUGACAGUGUCGCCCGCGUCGGUGCCGCCCGCGCCGGAACCGAGUCCGGCCGCGCCCGUGCCGCCAGUGAUGCCGCCCUCGGCUGAGUCGACGACUCCGGCCUGGCCCUCGCGGCUGCGGCCCCUAUCGUCCGCCUCUCCGGACCCGCGCCAUCGCCCCGGCGGUAACUCCGUCGGCGGCGCGUCGAUUACGACACCGCGCCGGGGCCGCCGCUCGCCCAACCUGACGUCAUCGUGGUUCUGGCUGCGGGGCCCCGGCGUCGGCGCGAGGAGGGAGCCGUCGGCCGACAGCUCGGACUCAUCGCCCGACUCGCCGUCCCCAGCGCCCACGCUGUACCUGCCGCCUAGCUCCAGCUCGUCGGACUCGACAUCAACUCCCAAACCGCGACCCGAUGCUCCCCCGCCCACCCCGCCGGCCGGCGCUCCCCCGGCCGAGGCGGCGGCCCCGGCCUCGCGCUCCCGUGCUGGCCGUGGCCGUGGUCGCGGCCGGGGAGGCGCCGCGUCUGCCCGAGCCCAACCCCAGGCCCAGGAGCCCGAGCUUACCGAGCUCCAGAGGCUCUUCCUCCCUCGAUUGGAGCACCUACUAGCUGCCGACGCCGAGUGGGCGGCUUGCGAGGAGGUGCUGACCGCGAUGGUGGCCGAGGCGAGCCGGCGGAACGAAGCCUACCACGCUAAGCGCGCGGAGGAGACGGACCGCCGCCGCCGCCAGCCGCCGCCUGACCGGCAGCGCCUCCGCCGCGACCCGCCCCGACGGCCCGACCCGGCCGGCCGCCCGGCCGCUGCGCCGGCCCCACCCCCCGGACCCAACCCCGUCCCGGCUCCCCCGGCGGAGGGCGCCGCGCCGCCGCCGCCGCCGCCGGCUGACCGACGCCGCCAGUACCGCCCACCGCAGUACGACCCGGCCGAGGCAAGCCGGCUGCAGCGCCUCUACCGCACCAACCGAGCCCGUGCUAUGAGGGAGGUGCUGGCUGAGGACGGCCCGCGGUGCUCGCUGGACCCCGCCGCUAUUCGCUCUCAUUUCUCUCCGUCUCCCACCGCCGACCCUCCCGUGGACUGGGACGCCCGCCCGCCCUGUGUACCGGAGCUCGGGGAAGCCAGUCAAUGCGACGGGCUGACCCGGCCCUUCACUGAGGACGAGGUGUGGCAGCGCCUGCGCUCCGCCGCCAACACGGCGCCCGGCCCUGACGGGCUGCGCUAUGUGGCGUGGCGUGCCCUCGACCCCGGCGCCCGCCUGCUGACUCUGGCAUACAACGUGUGCAAGAGCCACCGACGGCUGCCGGGCGAGUGGGGCAAGAGCAGCACGGUGCUCAUCCACAAGGGGGGCGACGCCGACGACCCGUCGUGCUGGCGACCCAUCGCCCUGAUCAGCACGAUCGCCAAAGUGUACGCCGGUCUGUGGGCCGACCGGCUCUCCCGUUGGGCGGAAGGGGAAGACCUCCUGUCCCCAGGGCAGAAAGGCUUCCGGCACUAUGACGGAGUAUUGGAGCACAACUUCAUACUCCAGAGUGCACUGACUGCCUCUCGGCGAGCGGCCGGCGGUGAGCUGCACGUUUGCUUUGUCGACCUGACAAACGCAUUCGGCAGCCUGUCGCAUAGUUACCUGUGGGACGUGCUGGCGCGCCUGGGCCUCGAGCCUGAGGUGCUGCUCGCCCUGCAGAGUAUUUAUGACGGCACCACUACCGUCUACGCCACGGCACAGGGCGUGUCCGAGCCGGCACCAGUCGUGCGAGGCGUGCGUCAGGGCUGUCCGCUGAGCGGCGUCCUGUUCGCCCUUGCCAUGGAGCCGCUUGUACGCGCCCUGAACGGGAUUGACGGCGUCGAGGCGCUCGCCUUUGCCGACGACGUGGCGCUGCUCUGCCGAGACCACCCGGCCCUGGAGAGCGCGCUGACUGCGCUGGAGGAUGUGUGCGCCUGGUGCGGCCUCCAUCCUAACCCGCGCAAGUCCGGCCUGCUGUCGAUCGUGGUGGGGGAGGGGGGCUCGUACCGGUACCUGGGCCGUCCCGUCGGCCACUCCCGCCUCUCCUGUCCGCCGACCGAGGUGCUGGACGACGCGCGGCGUGCCGCUGAGCGGGUGACGGACAGCGCUCUCGCCCCGUGGCAGAAGCUGGACGCCCUCCGCUCCUGCGUCAUGCCGCGGCUGACGCACUGCCUCCGGCUCGGCCUCCUUCCAAAGACGGCGCUGCGCAGUCUGGACGCUGCAAUUCGGUGGCGGGUGAAGGGCAUCCUGAACCUGCCCUCCCGUGCCAGCGCCGAGUACUUGUACUCUGGCGUGGCGCAGGGCUGUGUCGGCCUUACGGAGCUGGCCGUGGAGGCGGACAUGCUGCUGGUGGCUUCCACCUGGCAGCUGCUCACCUCUCCGGACGAGGCUGUGAGGACGACUGCCGAGGACCAGCUGACAGAGUGCGUGCGCCGCCGCCUCUCCGCCCCUCCCACGGCAGCGCAGGUCGCCGGCUACCUGAACGGCGAGGCCAUGCGCGACGGCGGUGACGUCGCGACCCGGUUCAGCCGGGCGCGUGUCGCCACCAAAGCGCUGGCCAAGCUGGUCGGGAUACGCUGGCAGGCGGCCGACGGCCAGCUGUCUCUGACGCUGGACGGCGAGCCGCUGCCGCGCGGCAAGGCGGCCGCGCUGCUCCGGGACGCCGUCCGCCGCGCCGCCGCGGCCCGCCUGCACACCAAGCCCCAUCAGGGCAAGGUGAUGCGCUGUGUGGCCGACCAGCGCAUCAGCAGCCACUAUAUGUACAGUGGCGACUACACCCGAUUCGCCGAGUGGCGCUUUGUCCACCGAGCGCGCCUGGGGCUGGUGCCUCUGAACGGGGCCCGCCACGGCGCUGCGCCGGGGGACCAGCGCUGCCGGCGCUGUGGACACGCCAGCGAGACCCUGCCCCACGUGCUGUGUCACUGCAUGCAGCGGCACAGCGUGGCCUACCAGCGGCGCCACGACGCUCUCCUGGCUCGCCUGGCGAACGCGGUCCGGCGGGACGGAGUCGACGUCCGAGUAAACCGACAGGUGCCGGGCGUGCAGUCCACGCUGCGCCCCGACCUGGUGGUCACUCGUGACGGCGGCGCCACCGUCGUGCUCGCCGACGUCACGGUGGCCUUCGAGAACGGCCCCGAGGCCCUGCAAGCCGCCAGCGACGCCAAGGUGCGCAAGUACGCGCCCCUUGUCGCGGAGCUGCGAGCAGCGGGUAAGGAGGCCAGCGUCGUUGCUCUAGUGGUUGGCCCGCUGGGCACGUGGUGGCGGGGCAACGAGGCGGUGCUGCGCCGGCUCCGCGUCAGCCGUGCCUACGCCCGUCUCAUGCGCCGCCUGAUGGUGUCCGACACGCUGCGGUGGUCCCGUGAUGUGUACAUCGAGCAUAUCACGGGCCACCGCCAGUAUCAGUAG